GCAUACCGUUUGGUGCUUCAUAAAAAUCUUAAAGGAAAUUUUCACUACUUCGAAAUCUUAAGAUUUUCCCCCUUUUUGACCAGUGAUGAUUUUAUCAACACGAAUAAAACAACCAUUUAUAUUCUGGAAAUUCAUUCCGAAUUAUCUGUUAACUUUCGAUAGAGUUCCUUUCUGGAGAACACUUCCACAGGGGGACAACAUUUUACGCAAACUUUCAAUCCUCGGUCCCACGCAUUUGAAUACCUGUCGCAUACCUCGGCGACCAACAUCAAAUUCUUAUUCAGUCACAUUCACAACUUCUCAACUUCUUGCAUCGGAAGGUGAAGCACUGAUGGAUGGUUUUCCUCUGAAGAGUUACUCCGCAGCGCCAUGGAUGGAAAAAAUGCAGAACAUUCCAAAGCAAAGAAUAGAGCUUGCCAUGCUGAACACACCCAUACAUAGAUGGCAUCUUCCUGGAACACCAACAAACUUUGAAGUAUUCAUCAAAAGAGAUGACAUGACUGGGAGCUCCUUAUCAGGAAAUAAGAUUCGUAAGCUUGAAUUCUUGUUGGCAGAUGCAGUCAGCCAGGGUUGUGAUACCGUGAUCACGUGCGGUGGGGUAAGAUCCAAUCACUGCAGAACAACAGCUGUGGCAAGCAGACAACUUGGUAUGGACUGUCAUCUUCUGCUUAGAUCAGAGGCAACACACCUAGACGGAUCCUUCACUGGCAAUACUCUACUAGAUAGUAUGGUUGGAUGUAGUUUCUAUCUCAUACCAAAGAAAGCUCAGUACAACGCACAUAUCAAUCCCAGAAUGCAACAGCUGGAGUCGUAUCUCAGAGACUCCCUUGGGAAGAGACCAUACCCAAUCCCUAUAGGAGGUUCUAAUGCAAUAGGAGUGUUUGGAUAUAUUGAUUGCUUCCGUGAACUCCUUGAACAGAAUGUCCAGAACAGAUUCAGUGAUAUCGUCAUAACGACGGGCAGCAGCGGAUCACUAGCAGGUCUUGCAAUUGGCAACUAUCUAACAGGAAGCAGACUCAGGGUCAUCGGAAUGGCAGUGUGUGACGAUGCAAGAUAUUUCCAUGGAGAAAUCAACAAAGUUUUAUGUGAACUUGGCUUACAAGGUCAAGGGUCAUCCGAGGUCAGGUCAGAGGACAUUGUAGAUGUCGUGGACGGGGUCAAGGGUCUCGGGUAUGGUGUCUCUCAACCGGAGGAACUGGACUGUAUAAACCAAGUCGCCAGGAGUACGGGCAUUUUUGUUGACCCGGUGUAUACCGGUAAGGCGACCUUUCACCUCAUGCGUUUGAUGAGAGAAGAACCAGAGAGAUUCCAAGGAUCCAAGAUCCUCUUUAUCCACACAGGUGGAGUGUUUGAUCUGUUCAGUGGUGCAAUGAGUACUAUGGCUGAUGGAAGGACUUCGGCAGAGAAGAAGGUCUAUGAUUGGAUGGAAAUGACUGACAAAACACCUCUCAGCCAAUCAUGAUGA